AUAUCAAGCCAGUUCAGUGUUGACCACCGGAGCUACCAGUUUAACUAACCUUUAUAAACACGAAAUAUUCAUAAUGAAGAUCGCUCUAGUAGUUUUCGUAGUCGCCCUGUCGGCAAUUUAUGUGGAGAGUAAGGACCUCAUAGUGGGCACCAGUUUCAACAACAGAUUGUUAUGGCAGGAGAAAGCCGAAUACAAUGCUAUACCGCUUAAGAAGAGAGUUAAGGAGGUGUUUUUCUCUGAUCCUGGACAGCAGAUAAUUAAGGGAAUCAUCGCCCGCGACCUGGACCACACGGAGGCGAUCCCCAGUGUGACCGCGGGCGGUGUCGGCUUCUCGUACGCCAACAUCCGGCUCAAGUCGGAGCGCGGCUCCGGCCUCAAUUACCAGAUCGAGAUCUACGUCUAACGAGAUAAUACCUCUAACGAGAUACUACAGACACGUCAAACACCAAAUCCGAAUACAUUACAGUGUGAACCAUAGACUUGCUUGAGAAAAGGCAAAUCCAAAAAAAUCAUGUUCAAAUAUAUUUUUUUAAUAUUUAGUUUUUCAUUGCCAAUCGUCAUUCCAUAACGACCCUUACUGUACAGACUGUAUAAAUGGUACCAAAUCAGUUAAAAAAGUGAUAAGAAAAAUGAAUGCUCAUGCACAAUAAAUGUUGAUUAUACGUAUA